CCGCUUUCUUUCACAAUGGGCGUUGAGAAGACCAUCCUGACCCCCGGCAACGGCGUUGACUUCCCCAAGAAGGGAGACAACGUCGCUAUGCACUACACCGGAUGCCUCUACGACGAGAAGGAGGCUGACAACCACAACAUGGGUUUCAAGUUCGAUAGCUCCCGCGACCGUGGUACCCCUCUGGCCAGUCCCAUCGGUGUCGGCCGUCUCAUCAAGGGCUGGGACGAGGGUGUCCCCACCAUGAGCCUCGGCGAGAAGGCUAUCCUGGACAUCAGCCCUGACUUUGGCUAUGGCGAGCGAGGCUUCCCCGGUCUGAUCCCUGAGAACUCCCGCCUGGUCUUUGAGGUUGAGCUCGUCAAGAUCAACAACAAGUCCAUCUAA